CAUGCAUUAGACCACGAUCUAUAUUACUAGGUCAAAGGUUAAAUAUGUCCCUGAUCAACCAAUUGUAAGCCCCUUAGGUCACAGGCAUGUUACAUGACGAUUUUGAGCCAUACCAUAAUGUUUGAUACCUGAUGUGAUGACGCCCACCUUUUCAAAUGAAAUCCUCCGACUCCGAUUUCAAGUUCUUUCUCCCCAAGACAGUGGAUGGUCCUCUCUGACAUGGAUGAUGGGGAAUCUUUCUUAGAUGUUAUAAAUGAGAAUGACUUGUUUGGGAAUGCCAUUGGACCAGAUGAUGAUGGGAAUUCAGGCUUCAACUGGGCAGACGAAUUCCUGUCAACAACAGGAGUUGAUGAUAAUGCAGCAAAUGCACAUGUAGUCCAAAAUGAAACCAUUAGCCCUGUCGAGGUUGCACCACUUUCUAUCCAAAACCAUAUCGCAGUACAGCAGAAUGUUGUCAAUGCUCAGAGUUACCUCCCCCAAAGCUCGGCUGUGCCAGCUCAAGGGGUGCCCCGGUCAGCCUCCCUUGGGGGUAUGCAGAUUGUCCAGGGUGCGACAGGGCUUGUACAACAGGCAACAGCAACUCCACAAACCCCGCAGAUCAACGUGGGACAGCUACAACAAGGGCUAGGCCAGCAGAUUGUGCAGAGCCCUAAUGGACAACUGAUUCUGAAGCCUGGGGGUGGGGGCCAGAUUUUCUUUCAGACCCACCCCCAAAUCCAGUCCCUCCAGACAAGUACCACUCAAGCAUCCAGCCUGCAACAGGUCCCAGGAUCAUCUCAAGUCAUCAACCGUAUUCUUGCACCCAGCCAGAGUCCUGUGUCCACAUCUCCCAUUGUAAGUCGAGCCAUCACUCCAGUGACCUCUUCCCAUGUUGGUCGAUCCCUCACACCCAUCCAGAGUUGGGCGGGUGUGAAUCCUGUCACUAUGGUGACAAAUAAUGCUAACACACCGCAGGUAUUCACAAGGAACAUCCCCCUUCAGUUCAGCAACCCCAAUGCAGGAAUACAGCUACAAGGGCAAUCUGCUGUCCUUCAGCAAGGUCAAGGCACCAUCCUUCAGCAAGGUCAAGGUCAGAGUACAAUACUACAGCCUACACAAGGAAGUAAUACAUUAUUGCAUCAGGGUCAAGGACAAGCAGCAGCAGUGUUACAGGGUCAAGGUCAAAAUAUUGUGAAUACUCAAAAUACUGUGAUUCAAAACCCUAAUGUAGUCAAUUUGAAUGUGGCACAUGUGCUGUGCAAUAACUCACAAUUACAGAACCAGUCUGGAUCCACUGUGCAUCAUAUGGCCCCCAACAUCCAGGGAACAUUAAUACAGACAGCCGAUGGUAAGCAUAUCAUCAUACCCAAUAACAAUGUUCCUCAGACUGUCGGGGGCCAAUCCAUCAACUUUCAGAACUUACCUCAAAUGACCAUCCAGCCCCAGUUGAAUAUUGCACAGAACACUACCAGUGGGUCCAAUAUGGUGUUUGGGAGCACCAGCAACCUUGCUGGAAACUUGGGUAAUGUGAUCAGAGUGGCCACUCAAGGAGGGAGCAAUACACCGACCCCUACUCCAACCCCAGAUAAGACGAAUCAACCCCAGCAACCAUCACAUUACAUCGGGGUCAACCAACAGGGUCAGCAGAUUCUUAUUCAGAGGACCAACAAUACUGCUGGUCAACAGCAAAACAUCAUUCUGCGGACAUUGAAUCCCAACAUUGUGCAAUUGUCACAACAGCAGCAGCAGCAACAGCAACCAUUGCAAACUGCUAGUGGUAUACAAACUACGCCACAAAUUGCUGGUACGCCAGGAACACAGCAAGUGUUAGUGUCAUCACAGGCCCAACCCCAGGCCCAGGGCAUUCAGCUGCAACGCAUUGUCAACACGUCACAGGGGCAGCAAGUGAAAUUCAUCAGCCACGGAGGUGGUCAGGCAGCUGGCAUGCCUCUAACCAUCAAUUGGCAGGGGAUGCAGAAUCCUACUAACAGUGCAAUCCCCACGGCAAUUCAUGUAGUUCCCCAACAACAGGUACCAAAGACGAUUAGUUCUAGUUCUGAUGGAAAUGAUAUGUCUGUACAUCAACAGCCAUCUUCAUCCCAGGUCGGAAUGGUUCUUAAUUCUCAACCCAUUACUGUGAAAUCCGUAUCAAAUCAAAAUCAGCUUAUUCAACAACAGCAUCAGUCGCUAACACAAUCAACAACACCUAGACAGACACUGUAUUCUACGCCAUCAUCUUCUAAGAUCUCCUUGAGCUCUGCCUCAACUACACCUCAGCAGAACACUCACACUUCUGCAUCGCCUCAUCAACUUGUCCAGAAUCUACAAAGUGUGCAGAUCCCUCUGGUGUCGCAGUACUCCGGGGCCUCAGCCACACCAAAUUUGAGCACUGCCAGUACCACUACUGUCACCACCACAGUGACUCAAUCUCGGGUUCCCGUGACAACCACGAGUCAAAGUACCAACCAAGUGAUGUCGUCUGUCCAGCUUCAGCAACUUGUGGCGGGAGCUAGCCAGAAGCAGAAUGUUCUGCAGGCAAGAGAUAGUGCGCCAAAACUGCAGCACACCAUACAGUUAACCCCUGAGGCCCAGACUCAACUACAGCAGAUACAGGACAAUCUCAAAAAGUUAGGUGGGGUUAAAAACCUCAACAAUGGACAGAAAGUGCAGCGUAAACAUUUACUAGAACUUCAGAAGAAAAUCUUAUCUGAAGGACAAAUCAUAAGGCAGACAAUUCAAAACACAGCAACACCUCUUCCUCAGCAAUUAAUUACUCCACAACCACAGCAGUCGGUACAAUUUCAAACCCAGAAUCUGAUUGGACAAAAUGUUCAGUUAAUAGGACAGAGCCAAAAUAUUCAAGCACCACCUCAUCUUGUGAUAGGCCAGCAACUGCCAAAACAAGUCAUAGGUCAAGGGUCAGUGAUUAAACAGGAGGUGGCAUCAUUUCAGGGGUCUGUUAAGGACCCUGCUCAAGGGACCAUGGGAAUAGUGCAAUCACAACAACCACCAACGCAAUUUGUGCAGGCGACAAUAGCGGCACCAGCUACACAAGCUGGAAAUCUAGUCAUCAAAUCUGAAGCAUUGCCAACCUCGUCACUUUCCACAAUGAUAACCUCAUCGCAGGUUUCUCCAUCCGUUUCUGUUUCACUAACCCAACCAACCACAAGUCUUCCUCAGAUAGCCAAACCUAGUGAUGUCAAGGUGGAACAACCGGAUCCAGCUGUCCAGGAUACAAGUCAGUUAGUCACCACGGGAGGUACCCAGGUUCUAAUGAAUCAACUUCCUGUCGGUGCAGUUCAUCCAGGAGUUGUCAUGGCAGCAGCACCUCCUGGCAAAAUGGCAAUAUCAGCUUCUCCUAAAGUGGCGCUCCCCACACCAAUAAAGAUUGGAAAUCACACACUGAACUUGAAUUUGACGGUUGAUCAGAAAGAGAAAGUUCAAGGUUAUCUGUCCAAAAUGACACCUGAGCAACAACAACAGCAGAUCUCUCUCUUCCUGAAGCUCCAGCGCCAACAACAGCUGCAGGCCCAGGUAAAUGCUCAAGUGAAGGCACAGCAGGUUUUGCAGCAGAAACAGACACUGGGCUCAGCUCUGGCAUCAUCUUCCAGUAAACUGCCCAUCACUGUGCAGCAACUUGAAAACAAAGCAACUACUGCCACUAAGCCAGCAGAGAUACCAGCUUUAACCACUCCAGUAUCCACGGUAACCACUUCAGCUAUUCCUGGUUUUCCAUUCGCAGCUAUUCCUAAAAGCCAACUAAUUCAUCAGCAGCUGAGUAAAGACCAGGAUAACGCUCUUAAGCCGGACACAAAGACACCGUUCCGAAGUCGCCGUGAUACAUAUCGCCGAUUACUACGGUACCACGUGUUUCAAUGCAAGUCUCCUCCUGAUGAUCUUAUGGAGAAAGAUCACGAGAUGUUUAAGAGUGUAGCUGCUGGCUUGUUACACAAGAAACAGAAAAUGUUUGACAAAUUCCGUCUCUUACUUCUGAAGGAGAGUAUGAGAAAGAAAAAGACAGCUGAGAUGGUUAUGAUCCAGAGGUUAAUGAAUGAAGACCUGACAGAGACAAUCAAAUCAGAGAAGGAGUUGGUCAAGUCUAACCCAGAUUCAUUUGAAGCAAUGCCACUUAGGUACUUAAAGAAACAAGAAUCAGUGAAAUCAGAAGAUAUGUCUAUGGAUGAACAAGAUGUAUCAGAUAUUUCAAAAGUGAUAAAAUCAGAAAAAAUAAGUGAUAGUGACACAGUGGAAAUAAAAAAGGAGCAAACAAGUCGACCUUGUACUCCAAAGGUCAAACUAGUGAUACGAAGUGAUGGCCAGAAUUUUACCAGCUCACUCGCGGAGGAUGGAAGUAGUGACAGCAAUGAAAGUAGUUACCAUGACAAUGUGAAUAUGGACACAUCAGAAAUAGAACGUCAGAAUUCUAGUAACAGUCGAUCGGAUUCAGACGACAUUUCUAAAAGCUUAUUUGGUGCACCCCACCUAACAAACAUCAAAACUGAACCCGUGAAUGAUGAGAGUGAAUCGAUGGAGAGUGAUCAUUGGUCAGACAGUAAUAAACCGUUCAAGCUUUACCUAGCAUCAGACAAUUCUCCUGUCAGUAACUCGGAUCUAGACACAGGUGGGUAUGGGAACUCUUCCCCUUCUCCUACAUGCAAUGAAAUCACCAUAGGGGAGUAUGAGGUUCAUUCUGGAGCGGUUGGUUCACCGGAUAGAAGUGCUAGGCGGAACAGUGAUUCGCCAUCAUUUGAGAUGAAUGAAGGGUCUGUAAGACACCUCAUCUCCAAUGACAGCAAUUGUGAUAAUAAUGUCAUGGGUUAUCAUUCCAGUGAGAAGCAACAGCUCUGCAUCAAUUCGUUUUCGGAGAAGGACUUGUAUCAUUCCCAUGAUUAUCCACAGCAAUCGGAGAGUUCAGAUAAACAGUCGUUCAAGCCUACAUUUAUGUCUGAUUCCAAGGUGCCAUUCUCCAUAGGAAAAGAAUUGUUUGAUAGAGUUGUUGAUGAUUCGAGUCACUCUAAACAGCAUUUUAGUAAUGAUAAUGAAUUAGACAGUGCUGUCGUUGAUGUGGGUGGGUUCCACCAGUCCCAGUAUGAACCCAUAUCCUCCCCAGAGGUGGACCAUGAUGAAUCCUUUUCCAGCCUUAUCACACAUAAGGUGGACUCUGCCUACACCAUUGGUAUGGGUGAGCACAAGGAUGCACCACACAUCUCCAACUCUGAUAUGCCGUUCAGUGUCCCAGCAUUUUCAUCUGCACAAUUGGAUGUGGAACCGCGGGAGACAGUAGAGGACGACGAAGCCACAACUUUGUAUAGCGAUGAUAGUGAUAAGGAGUCGGAUUCACAACAAGAAUUGUUGAAAGCCCAGAUGGAAAGUGCAAUAAACUCUAUUGUCAGUUUAAAUCAAGACUCCUCCGUUCACUCCCCAUUCUCACUUGAUCAAUCAAACGAGUUCUUCACUCGCCAUAGCUACAUGACCAAUCCCACGACCGAGUCUGAGAGUGACACUCCUGGUCCCAGCACUCCCGCUCGGUCAGUAACCCCCGAAGACGACCCCAAUGAUGUUUCUAUGGACGAUGAUUUGGAGUCUGCUGUGAAUAGUAUUUUGAUGUAAAUAUAGAAUAGCGGUUCAGUGAACCAUGUAAAUUAUUAGUAAUAUGAAGGAUUAUGUCUGUAUUAUCAUGAUACAAUAUUUUUUAAAACAAAUUCUUACUUGUACAUGCAUUACAACAGCUACCACUUUGAUUAGCAUAGAACCUAAAAUUCACCAAAAAUGUCCUUUCUCGGACAGAAAUUUUCUUCUGGCUGAAAAGAAUUUAUGUAGAUAGAAGUUGUGUGACGGUUUAGUGGUUAUACUCAAAAAGCCAUCAUCAUGGUGACAUUGUGUAGGUUAUAGUCAAUGAAACCAUCCACAUCAUUUGUUGACUGGUUUUGUUAAAUGAAAUUCUAUCUAUAUUAAACUCUUAUUUCUGUCCUGUCCAAGGUUCUGUUUCGAGUUGAACAUAAUUUUGGUGAAUUAAAGGGCAUAUCAUCAAUGGCUGUCCAUAUGGCUAACCCUGUAUUUAUGUAGUGCAACAUUUUGUACAUGAUGUACGCAGUACGGCUUGGAACAUGUGCUCACAAUCAAUUGUGUCAAGGUUCUCUUGUAGAGAGGAAUGAAAGGAUAAGAGCUGGGUCAUUGGUCUCCACUUUUAUGCUGGGAAUUUGAACAUGAGAGCUAAGGGCUCCUUCAGUAAAAGAUAUAAUCCACAGUAUU